UGCUUACAAGGGUGGUCAGCGCGUAUAAAAAGCUUUGGCACAAAUUUUCAGUUUGUCAGUUAAGCAACCAAAUCACAGCCCUAACAGUCAAUAAUGGAUUUCCACACCGCCUGCGAAAAAGCCAAAGCUUUCACCAAGAAGCCCACCGAUGCUGAAUUCUUGGAAUUCUACGGUCUCUACAAGCAAUCCACAGUCGGUGAUGUGAACAUUGCUGCACCCAGCGCUAUUAACUUGAAGGACAAGGCGAAAUGGGAUGCAUGGAACAAGCACAAGGGUUUGUCCAAGGAUGCCGCCCAAGCUGCCUACAUUGCCACCUAUGAGAAAUAUGCACCCAAAUACGCUUAAGUGAAAAAUUAGUAAUGUUUUUUAUGUAUUUAUUUGUUGUCGGCGCGAUUGAACCUUUUAAGGAAAUAUGAGUACAUAUAAUAUAUGUAUAAAUUAAAAAUAAAUUUUUUAAACUAAAAGGCGAAAAA